AUAAUUCAUUAAUACAUCAUAAAUCGUGAAGCACAGGGUUAUAACGACCACGAUCCACAAAUCAAGCCCUCCAAAAUCACCCAAAUGAGCUCGUACUUUGUAAACUCCUUCUCGGGGCGUUAUCCAAAUGGCCCGGACUAUCAGUUGCUAAAUUAUGGCAGUGGUAGCUCUCUGAGCGGCUCUUACAGGGAUCCCGCGGCCAUGCACACCGGCUCCUACGGCUACAAUUACAAUGGGAUGGACCUCAGCGUCAACCGCUCCUCCUCGGCCUCCUCCGGCCACUUUGGGGCGGUGGGGGAGAGCUCGCGUGCCUUCCCCGCGUCCGCCCAGGAGCCCCGCUUCAGGCAGGCGGCGUCGAGCUGCUCCCUGUCCUCGCCCGAGUCCCUGCCCUGCACCAACGGCGACAGCCACGGCGCCAAGCCCUCCGCUUCGUCCCCCUCCGACCAGGCGGCCCCGGCCAGCUCCAGCGCCAAUUUCACCGAGAUAGACGAGGCCAGCGCGUCCUCGGAGCCCGAGGAAGCCUCCAGCCAGCUCGGCAGCCCCAGCUUGGCGCGGGCGCAGCCGGAGCCCAUGGCCACCUCCACGGCCGCGCCCGAGGGGCAGGCUCCCCAGAUAUUCCCGUGGAUGCGGAAGCUUCACAUCAGCCAUGAUAUGACCGGGCCGGAUGGCAAGAGGGCCCGGACCGCGUACACGCGCUACCAGACCCUGGAGCUGGAGAAGGAGUUCCACUUCAACCGCUACCUGACCCGGCGGCGGCGCAUCGAGAUCGCCCACGCGCUCUGCCUGUCCGAGCGCCAGAUCAAGAUCUGGUUCCAGAACCGGCGCAUGAAGUGGAAGAAGGACAACAAACUGAAAAGUAUGAGCCUGGCCACAGCCGGCAGCGCCUUCCAGCCCUGAGCCCUGAGCCCUGAGCCCGCCGCCAGCCCACAGGAGCCCUGGGCGGCCAGAGCCGCGCCACCCCUGCCCUGGCCCCUCCACCCUCCCUGCGCUGCCGCCGCCGCCACCCGCCCGCCCGCUGGGGACCGGGACCGGCUCCCAGGAGCCCGCUCGCCGGCCUUGUGUUCUGCGUUUUCCUUUGGUCUUAGGUCCUCCUGUGGCUCCCUCUCUCUUGGACUGGUUGUUACCAUUGUUAAUAAUAAUACUAAUGAUAAUAAUAUUAAUAAUGCUUAUUAUUUUCCCUCCAGACUCCCUGCGCCCGCCCCCUCUCUGCUCACCGCGAGCCACCAGUGUUUCUAAUGUGGGUGUCUGUCGUGGCACUCUUUCCCCAGGAAGAAAAAAAGAAAUCCGCAUGUUUACUGUGAACGUUCCCCUCCCCAUCUGUGUCCUAACUUAUUUAUAAAAGGGUGAUAGCUGUAUUUGGAGUUUCAGCUGCAGACUCUAGGGCAGCAGUGGCGUGGCAGUGCCCGGCGGGCCCAGCCGAGCUGGCCUCUGACAUGGAGUCCACCACUGUGGUCUUUCCACCCACUCCUCUUCCUCCUCCUCCUCCUCCUCCUCACUGCCCAGGCCUGAGGCUCGCAGGGGCUUGGUCCUGGGUGGGGAAGGACCAAGGAGGACUCACAGGGGUGAAGUGGACCAGAGGAGAGAAAUAGUGAGAUUUCAGCCCCUGCUACCUGAGAGGCCUCUCAGGGCCUGGUCUGGGAAUGGACAGAAACAGAAGAAAUAAGCCUCCUCCGUGUAGACUGUCUUGUGUGUAUUUCUCUGUGGACCCACGGGUCUAGCCGGGAGGCCCAGGCCCGAAGCUUGUAAAUAUGGGGCCAGCCUAGGCCAGACCCAGCUCUUCCUCCCUCAGCCUUUCCGCUUCCGAGAGACCGUUUAUAGUGAGCAGCCAGUGGAUGCAGUACCGUGUGUUAAAUCUGUCUUUGCCAGGCCUGUCUCGGUGAUUCGCUUUUGGUAUUUGUCUGUAGCUUUCCUUAAAGUCUAAUAAAUGUUUCCGCCCUUC